AUGGCUGCGUCACCCAGCUCCGCCGUCGCCAUGUCUGAGGUCGAUGCCAGUUCACCACUACCCCAACACCACCAUCACAUGGAAAAGUCCUUCAUGACGGUGGUCACCGACGACGACGGCGACACCAAGAUGGCGACGGCUACCCCAGAACCAACCGAGACGCAGCCUCGGGGCAAGAAGCGCGCCCGUGAUGAUGGCCAGAAUGGCAACUCUAUCAUCGGCAAAGUCAGGCAUUUGAAGAAGAACGAUGGAGAGCCGCUCUGGCGCGAAGAUAUCCAAUACGACUUUCUCAAGGCCGUCUUCAACAACGAAGACAAGGUCUUCACCAACAGCUACGAACCACAACGUCUGGGCAAGCAAUGCUUUGCCGACCUCUACAUCGACACGAUGGCCAGGAGUAGCAAGACCAGCAAGGUCCUUCGAGACAAGCUGCUUAGUGAUCGCGCUGCCGCCAAGGGCAUGGCCAUGGUCUGCCUCCUGGUCAACAUUGGUCGUAUGAACACGACCCUUAAUUUUUUCCCCGAGAUGCGAGCCCAGCUCCGAACAUACCACGCCAUUCCGUCCCUCCAAGCACAAGCAGAUUCCAACGCAUACAAGCAGCUCCAGGAUGCGCCCAGGUUGAAGUCCAUCUUGAAGGGCGGUAUGGAGGACCGGACAGAGCCCAACUCUCUUGAUGCCGUCAAGGCCGUCAACGUGCCGAGAACCAACCCGGUCAACUUGCUGUUCCUGAUCUGCAGCAACGCUACUAAGGUUGCUGAGCUGCACUUCCCGCCCGGCGGCGAGUUCCACGAUCUCAUCAUGAAGAAGCAGUUCACCAGUGAGAGCCGCGCGAGAGCCUUUUUGUGGAUCAUGUGGUUCUACCUGGAGUCCGACUUCACCGAGGAAGGAUGCGAAGAGAACCCGUUCGGUGCCGGUGUGGACUACGGUGUUGAUGUCGCCAAUCAAGGAGUUCCACAGCUGGUGCUCAUGUCGGAAGAGGAAAUGGCACUCGAAAACGUCGAUACAGAAGAGGAGAAGAGGUUCGGCCGAGAGAAGCAGGAGAUGCGGCGGAAGAUCAUCGAGGCCGACCAACAGUUCAUGGCAGAAAGCCAGACCAAACGAGGAGGUCGAGCUCGCGCCCUGGCUGGAGAGGAAGUUGGUCCGAGCACCGGCAUCUUACCACGGAUUCGCCCUUCUAAGCACGAGAGCGAUCAUGAUAGUGUCAGGUCGACUCCGCCGCGUGCUUUGCUCGGCAGGCCAUCCGUUGGCGCCAGCACUGGACGACGUGGUCCCCACUCACUGAAAUAUGUGGUCGAUGGCUCGUCGCCUGGGGGCCCUCAGCUGGAAGGAAUCGUUGCUCGGAAACCUCGACCACCGACUGCUCACCAGAUAGCUGUUGAGCGCAAUAGAAAUCAGCGUGUGGAGUACAUCUUGGAUCGUCGUCUCCGUAAAUCCUAUCACCAGGCACGAAAGAUUCGCCGUGUUGACGGGGCGAUUAUCCACGCUCUUCAGAGACUGGAGCAGCUGGACGAUGAAGACCCAUGGGAGGACAGCGAGGAUGAAGACACGGUCAAGAUCCACAAGGCGGCCAUUGAAAACGCCGGAGUCAAUGUUGAUACUCACCACUUCCGGGAGAGGGGUUACGGCGGGCUGUGUCAGCUCAAGAAUGAGACAGAUGACUUUGGCGAGCAGUUCCACGCGUACACUGCUACCCUUCGACGCGUCUCCCGACGGCUCACCCGCUGGGAGAACAGCGAUGAUCCAAACCUGGGGGUUAUCGCGCCGAUCAAGCGGCCAAAGGCGACGAAUGGAACAGUCAAUGGUGAUGGUUCCGAUGGGGAAGGUGACCAGUCACCUUCCAAGGAACCUAUCGACCCCGCCGAGACUGAGGACGAGGCGGAGAUGAUGUCCGGACGUCAGACCAAGACUGUGCGCCGUCCAAAGGCCAACGGGCUCAACAGGGGUGACACUAAUGGUGACACGCCCAUGGAGGAGGCCGACGACCUGGAUGAUGUGGAUAGGGGGUUGCUCGGUCUGGGUGAUGAGGAUGAGGGUGAUGGUCAGGGGGAUGAUGAUCUGGAUGAUGUUGAGAAGACGCUUCUUGGGUUGGAUGGGGAUUCGGACUCGGAGUAG